AUGAUAAAAGCUGUAUCUGCAAUCCUGCUGCUGGGACUGGCCGUGCUGGCCAAUGCGGAGCCACUGCGUCAAAGAUUCGUGCCGCGACGAGGUCUGGCGCGUCAGGAGCAGGAAGCGCUACCGAAUGCAGCGCCCACAGGUUAUCCGGCGGCGGGCAUAACACCCGAUGUGCCCUUCGAGUUGCCCAGCUCAACUGUGCAGCCGGAAGUGAGUUAUCUGCCGCCGGAUAACACAUAUGGGCCACCGGCGGAUGCGGCACCGCAACCGGACGAGGAGCCAUUGCCAGAAACGGACGACCUACCAGUUCCAGAGGAUGAUCAAACCAGGCAGCUGCCAGCCCCAGAUGCGGACGAGGAUGAAGUGCUAGUGCAGGUGGCCGAAGAUGGCACAGUGAUCUCCGUAUCCACGUCACUUGAUCAGCCAGCACAGGACGGCAGUAAGUCGGCGAGGUUCUAUCAACGCUUCCCCCAAUCAGGUCGUGGCCAGCAGCCGGUGCCUCAGCGCUUGGUGCGCUUCAAAUUGUAACCAGAGUCAUGUAAAUGCAAUUUAAUAAA